AUGCACCACCACGAAACAGCACAUGAUCCUACUCAGUCAGAGCAAUUUCAUUUAGUCAAAGUUAUCACUGCUUUUGCUUAUUAUAGAAGACACGCGUUAAACCAUAACCACAGAAGAAGACGCGACUACCUCGCACUACCCGAACACCACAAACAACUCAUACCUGAUUAUUUACACAAGGUGGAUAAUGUAGACAAAUGCAUUGAGGAGAAUAUGAAUUUCAUUCGUCAUAUUGUAAAAAGCGCCAGCAUGUUUCUAGAUGGUCAGGACCCUAUGACUGCUGUUUCUCAACAUCAACAACAGCAGAAACAGACGAACAAACCACCUGUGACACCAAUGGAUAUGGAUAAGGUCAGAAGCACUUUGAAACAAUUUGUUCGAGAUUGGUCCAUGGAGGGAGAAGCAGAACGCAAAGCUACAUAUGAUCCUAUCGUGCAAGCAUUAAAUAAUAUCUUUAAGGACAUACCGAUCGAAAAAAGAGGUGAUGUCCGUGUACUCGUACCAGGUGCUGGUUUAGGUCGAUUGGCGUUUGAUAUCGCAAAAGCAGGCAAGUUGCCAUUACAAUACAGCUUUAGUUGUCAAGGAAACGAAUUCUCGUAUUAUAUGCUCUUUGCAUCGCAUUUUGUUCUUAAUAGAUUGAAAAAGCCACAAGAACACAGUAUCUUCCCUUUUGUUCACUCUUUCUCCAACAUCCAAUCUGAUGAAAACCAAUUGAGACCAGUCAAGAUUCCUGAUAUGCUGCCUUCUGAUUUACCCUCUACUGUCGAUUUUUCCAUGGUUGCUGGUGAUUUUAUUGAAGUCUAUGGCGCACAGGAACAUAAGGGUGCCUGGGAUGUGGUUGUUACUUGUUUCUUUUUGGAUACUGCCAAGAAUAUUAUUGAAUACAUGGAAGUGAUUCACAAGGCUCUUAAGCCCAAUGGUGUCUGGAUAAACAUAGGUCCUUUGCUCUAUCAUUUUGAAGAUUCUACUUCAGGUGAUUCUUCUAUUGAACUCAGUCUUGAUCAAGUCAAGGAAGUAGCUAAAAAGAUAGGUUUUGAAUUCAAGCAACAAGAUAUGGUCUCUACUACAUAUACAUCUAAUCCAGAUGGUAUGUUAAAAUAUGUAUAUAACUGUGCAUUCUGGACUGCAGUUAAAUUAUAG